AAGCUUACCCUUACUUCUUCUCUCUCUCCAGUUUCUUCUCAAACAAGAUCACUUCCACACAAGGAAGCAAAACUAGCAUCAAUCCUUUUGGGUUUGCAUUUCUCAUGGUGUACUUCAAACUUUGAGUGUCUGUGUUAUAGAAUUAACACUAUGGAGGCCCUCAAUGCUGUUGGAUUGAACCCUCUAUCUGUUCUUUCUGAUAGAAGAAAACAACCCAGAAAAUUCCCUUCACUGCCCACAAUUUCUGCAUGCAAAGUUACAAACUUUUCUAGUUUUAGCAACAGGAAACAGGCACUGCAAGAGCGGUUAUCAAGGGGUUUGCAUGAGGGUCUAUUUCUUGCAACUUCUUCAGUUGUAAAUGGUGGAGUUGCUAGAGCUUUAACUUAUGAGGAAGCAUUGGGGAAAUCUUUGAGUGCACCUAGUUCUGGGGACUUUGAUGCAAAUGGGUUUGUGGAUAGUGUUAUAAGUUUUGCAACAGAGAACCCAGCAAUUCUUGCUGGAGGAGUAGCUGUUUUGGUAGUGCCACUUGUUUUGUUUCAGGUUCUGAAGAAGCCUAAGCCAUGGGGUGUUGAAUCAGCCAAAAAUGCAUAUGCAAAACUGGGUGCUGAUGGAAAUGCUCAAUUGCUUGAUGUAAGAGCACCUAUAGAGAUUAGACAAGUGGGUACCCCAGAUGUUGGGGGUCUGAGGAAGAAACCUGUGUCAAUAGCUUACAAGAGUGAUGAUAAGCCAGGGUUCUUAAAGAAGAUUUCAUUGAAGUUCAAGGAACCAGAGAAUACCACAUUGUUCAUUCUGGACAAAUUUGAUGGGAACUCUGAACUGGUUGCAGAGUUGGUCACCUUUAACGGAUUUAAAGCUGCAUAUGCAAUUAAGGAUGGUGCUGAAGGACCACGAGGAUGGAUGAAUAGUGGUCUUCCUUGGAUAGCACCAAGGAAAGCAUUGAGUUUGGAUUUUGGCAAUCUGACAGAUGCUAUCACUGAUGCAAUAGGAGAUACCUCUGAUGGCUUGGCUGUUACUCUUGGGAUUGCUGCAGCUACUGGACUCGGUCUAUUAGCUUUUUCUGAGAUAGAAACAAUUCUCCAACUUGUAGGAUCUGCUGCACUUGUUCAGUUUGCAAGCAAGAAGCUUCUAUUUGCUGAGGACCGAAGGCAAACACUACAACAGGUUGAUGAGUUCUUGAACACCAAGGUUGCCCCUAAAGAGCUUGUUGAUGAAAUACAGGAAAUUGGAAAGGCUCUUCUACCAGCCUCCACCAAUAAUAAGGCUCUUCCUGUUCCAACAGAAAAAAGUCCAGAGCUUGAUGCAGCUGAUAGCACCGUACAGAAAGCUGAAGCUACUCCUGACAGUGUCACCGAGUCCAAAGUAGAUGCUGUAGCAGCACCUGAAAUAAACUCGGUGCCCACAACUGAAAAUAAGGCAGAAUCACUUCCUGUGCUACCAAAACCACUUUCACCAUACCCAUACUAUCCAGAUUACAAGCCUCCAACAUCUCCUACACCUUCACAGCCUUAGAGCUUCACUUGUUUUAAUCUUGAAGAUAAUUCUAUAGCAGGCAAAUCAAUACUCUGAAAUAUCCACCACGCAUCAAGAGCUUACUUACAAAUACUAUGAUCUAUAUUCCUGUCAGAAAGUUUUCAAUGUACAUGCAUCUUAGGUUGGAGAUAAGAUCCAUGUCACAAGUUGUAUAAUUUAUAGUCUGUUAUGAUUAUCCUUCCAUUUGUGCUACUCCGUACACUUUUUGUACUCGAUGGAUUUGUUGGAGAGGUAGUUGUCUUAGUUAACAUUGUACUCAUAAUAGUAGUUAUGUUGGGAUUUAUUGUAACAUUGCCUAUUUCAGUUUUGGAGUAAGCAAAAUAAGAUUUUAUAUAUGCAAUUCAUGGAGUUUGUGACAUUAGGAUAUCUGAGAUGAUUUUAAAUUUUCAUAGACAAAUC